GCCCUAGCCGACGGCGCCAGAGAUUAAAGGAAUCACUUGCAGUCAUAGCAAUUUCAUUGCACUGCUUUUUAUCAGAAACAGAGAUGAGCAACAGUAGUGAUUCUAUAAAUAACUGCCAAAAUGCUGAUUUUAUAUUCCGCAACCCGUGUUCGUAUAGUUCACCAGUGGUUGAACAAGAAGAUGUGGACGACAGGGAUGAUGAUAUGACUUUUUGCAUGUCAAAUUACGCCAAAGAAGUUUUAAAAAUGAUGUUUAUGAUGCGCUCGCAUAAUAUGCUUACGGAUGUCAUAUUAGAAGUGAAGCAGGAAUUAUUUCCAGCACACAAAGUCGUUUUGUCAGCAGCAUCUCCAUAUUUUAAAGCUAUGUUUACCGGCGGAUUAAAAGAAUCGGAGAUGUCACGAGUUCAACUGCAAGGAGUUUGCCCCACGGCAAUGGGUCGUAUAAUAUAUUUCAUGUAUACAGGCCACAUACGUGUUACAGAAGUAACGGUCUGCCAAUUACUGCCUGCUGCAACGAUGUUUCAAGUACCAAACGUAAUUAAUGCGUGUUGUGCCUUCUUAGAGAGACAAUUAGAUCCAACAAAUGCUAUUGGUAUAGCAAACUUCGCCGAACAGCAUGGGUGCUCAGAGCUUCAAAGGAAGGCUAACCAUUUUAUAGAAAGGCAUUUUACACAGGUAUGCCAGGAAGAAGAGUUUCUUCAACUCACCGCUUACCAAUUGAUUGCGUUAAUUCGUCGCGACGAGCUAAAUGUUCAAGAGGAGCGCGAAGUAUAUAAUGCUGUUCUUAAAUGGGUUAAAUAUGAUGAAGAAAACCGUUACCCAAAAAUGGAGCAUAUACUUUGUGCCGUUCGUUGUCAGUUCUUGACACCUAAUUUUCUUAAAGAGCAAAUGAGAAACUGUGAUGUGUUACGUAAGGUUCCUGCUUGUCGAGAGUACUUAGCCAAGAUAUUCAAGGAUCUGACUUUACACAAACGACCGGUAGUAAAAGAACGUACGCCAAAUACAACUCGAAUGAUUUUUGUGGCCGGAGGAUUUUUCCGGCAAUCAUUGGACAUCUUGGAAGCAUAUAACGUGGAUGACAAAACAUGGACAAUUUUGCCAAAUUUACGGAUUCCCCGGUCUGGUCUGGGUGCAGCUUUCUUGAAAGGCACAUUCUAUGCUGUGGGGGGAAGAAAUAAUUCUAUUGGUUCAUCCUAUGAUUCCGACUGGGUAGAUCGGUAUAAUGCUGCAACAGAGCAAUGGCGUCCGUGCGCUCCAAUGACAGUACCACGUCAUCGAGUUGGCGUGGCUGUAAUGGAUGAAUUGAUGUACGCAAUAGGUGGAUCCGCUGGAUCAGAAUACCACAAUUCAGUCGAAUAUUACGAUCCAGAGCAAGAUCGAUGGACCCUUGUACAACCCAUGCAUGAAAAAAGAUUAGGUGUAGGUGUGGUUGUUGUGAAUCGAUUAUUAUACGCAAUUGGAGGAUUUAAUGGAACUGAUCGACUGACAACUGUAGAAUGCUACCACCCUGAAAAUAAUGAAUGGACCUUUGUACAACCAAUGCAGUACGAGCGAAGUGGCGCUGGUAAAUACAAACGCAAAUUUUUCAGGAAAGAAAAAGCGACAGCGCUAAUAUUUUGCAAAUGUUUCAUCUUUUAUAUACCUAUUUAAUUCACUAUUACUCAGAAUGGAUACGCAUAAAUAGGGCUAUAUCUUUUUACUAGACGAACGGAAUACUAAAUAGACGUGUUGAGCUGCUAAGCCUUUUUAGCAGCUAUUAAAAUAAAACAAAUGAUUUAUGCAUAAGCUAAGCAACUGUAUUUGACAAAUUUCAGUCCACGACUAACUCAAAGAAAGUUCACCUUGAACUAUUUAUGUAUGUCCUAAUUACAUUGGGUAACUGCAAAUUCAUCACCAAAAAUAUAAAACCAGUUUUCUUAAAUGCAUGAGAAUUUACAUAUAUAUAUUUAUGUACGUAUGCACCCGCGC